AUGGUCGAGCAGCUGCGAUACGGCAUCGCCAACAUCGGCGGCAGCUACGAUUCCAGCCGCAGGGCGGAGGCCGCGGUGAGCAGCGCACGGAGCGCCAUGGCGGAUUUCCUGACCUGCAGCGAGCAGGAAAUCGCCUUUGGGCCCAGCAUGACAGCGCUGGCCUACCACUUGGCGCGAUCUUUUCGCAAUGGCCAGGUGUUGCAGCCGGGCGACAAUGUGGUGUUGGACCCCAUUAGUCACGGGGCGAACGUAUGGACCUGGGUCCAGCUGGCGAAGUCUGCGGGAGCUGAAGUUCGGUGGCUGCCUGUCGGACCUCACUGCGCGUUGGAUACCGAACGAUUAGCUGCGGUCAUUGACCAUCGAACUCGACUGGUGGCUAUGGGAGCUGCAUCAAAUGCAGUGGGAACAGUCCACGACAUCACAUCUAUUUGCCAUGCUAGCCGAGAACUUUCUGGCGAAAGAGCUUGGACAUUUGUUGAUGCUGUGCACUUUGCACCCCAUGGGCACCUCAACGUGCAAAGCAUCGGCUGCGAUUUCCUGGCAUGCUCUCCGUACAAGUUCUUUGGGCCACACUCAGGCGUUCUCUACGGCCGGAGUGAAAAGUUGCAGUCCUUGCCCGCAGAUCGCUUGGAUUGUUCAGACAACUCCUUGCCCAGCGCGGAAAACUGCAACAUGUCCCGGUGGGAACUCGGCACCCAGAACUACGAGGCACUCGCCGGCGUUGCAGCAGCCGUAGAGUACCUGGCCGCAGUCGGCGAUCGUUUCGGGGGAGCUGUUCCGGGCUCCUCGCGCACAGAGCGCUUGGAGACAGGCUUCCGUGCCAUCACCGCUCACGAGAAUGAGCUGAAGCAGCGAUUUCUGGUGGGGCUGGCAGUUGGGCUGAAGCAGACUCUUGGGCGGUGCACUCACUUCAAUUGA